AGUUCAUUUUUUCCAUUCAUUAUCCAUAAUGAGGUCGAAAGUUCAUAGCGAGAUGGAAAUACUCGGGAAGACCGAUAAGUUGAUAACCCGGUAUUUCCAAGAAUCUCGGCACGUAGAAGAUAUCCUCGGAAUAAAAGAAGACGGUGAGGAGAGAGACAUCUGGAGAAAAUACAGCAAAGAGCGGAUGAAGACAGUUUCAGUAGCGCUUGUUCUAUGCCUGCACAUAGGAGUAGAUCCGCCGGAUUCUGUGCCGAAGCCGUCGGCGCGCGCAAGGCUAGAAGCUUGGGUCGAUCCGUACAGCUGCAGUCCACAAAAAGCCGCGUACAAGAUUGCGACGUCCUUGCAGAAGAGUUAUGAACGUUGGCAACCGCGAGCAAGGUAUAAAUCGGUAAUUGACCCGACGGGCGAUGAUGUGCGCAAAAUUUGUAUGAGUAUGAGGCGAAAUGCUAAGGACGAACGUGUACUUUUCCACUAUAACGGUCAUGGUGUACCAAGACCCACCCAAAAUGGUGAAAUUUGGGUCUUCAACAAGAAUUUUACGCAGUACAUCCCUUUGUCGCUGUAUGAUUUGCAAUUGUGUAUGGAAUUCCCUUCCAUCUAUGUGUGGGAUUGCUCAUCAGCGGAGACGAUUGUGAAUUGGUUUAUGCGAUUCGCCAAAGACCACGAAGAAGAUUGGCAUAAGAAGCUUCUAGCGCAUCAAGAGGCAGUAGCAGCAACUUCAAUGUCGGGUGCUCGUUUAAAUUCGCACAUGACACCUGAUCAACAGGCUGAAUCUCUCAAGUUCCAAAGACGACCGAAGUUUCGGGAAUGCAUACACUUAGCUGCUUGCCGUGAAGAUGAACGUUUACCAACGAAUGCUGAACUCCCUGCGGACCUGUUUACAUCGUGCUUAACUACUCCAAUACAUGCUAGCAUCUUAUGGUAUCUCAUUAAAAGUGGUAGAAAGAAUCAGUUUCCUCCUAAUCUGCUGGAGGAAAUACCGGGUCAACUGAAUGAUCGCCGUACGGUUUUGGGAGAGUUGAACUGGAUAUUCACAGCCAUCACAGACACAAUCGCUUGGAAUGCUUUGCCAAGAGAUGAUUUUCAGCGCCUUUUUAGACAGGACUUGCUGUUAGCUUCACUCUUUCGCAGCUUCCUCCUUGCUGAGCGUGUGAUGAGUGCAAAUGGCUGCAAUGUUGUCUCCUCUCCAUCUCUACCUAGCACAGCUGAUCAUCCUUUGUGGGACUCUUGGGACUAUACUCUAGAUUUGACUCUUAAUCAUAUCCAGAAUUUGCUCACGCCUAAGCUCAAUUUCCAAGUUAUCGGAAGAGAUCUGUUGGCGAAAAGUUCUGUCUGCUCUUUGAAUACAUUGAUCGAUCUGUCCGGUGUGGCUGGUGAGCAGGAUGUACAACAUAAUUGGUUUUUUAUUGAACAGUUGAAAGCUUUUGAAGUGUGGCUUGAAUACGGUGUCAAUAAGCAGUCAUCUCCGGAGCAACUUCCCAUAGUUCUGCAAGUCCUUUUGAGUCAAGCUCAUCGUCAGAGAGCUCUCGAGUUGCUUGCUCGUUUUUUGGACCUCGGUCAAUGGGCUGUUGGUUACUCUCUGUCUGUGGGUAUCUUUCCUUAUGUGCUGAAGCUGUUGCAGAGCACUUCUAGAGAGUUGCGGUCAUGGCUUGCAUUCAUUUGGGCGAAGAUCUUAGCUGUCGAUCCCAGUGUCCAGUCGGAGUUGUUCAAGGAGAAUGGUGACGAACCAGCGCGAUUGGAAUCCUCAGCUCGCUCGAAGCCCGUUCAGCUUCGAUAUCACUUCUUCGUCACCAUUUUGAAUGAUCCUGAUACUUCUCCUCGACAAAAGAUUGUCGUCGCUUUUGUACUGGCUACGCUAUUUCAUAACAAUUACAGGAUCGCGCAGGAGAACCUGACUAAGAAGGGUUACGUCAAUUUGUGCACAGAACUGCUAAGCGAGAAUCAAGCCAAAGAUUGCCGCCUUUUGAAACUCUGGAUACUGAUCGGGCUAGGCCGACUAUGGGCCGACUAUGAUCCUGCUCGUUGGCAAGCAGUACGACUCGUCGCGUACGCUAAGGUCCUGAAAGAGCUGGACGAUAACGCGCCGGAAGUACGUGCCGCAGCUGUUUAUGCCCUUGGAUGUCUUGUCAAAAAUCGCUCGGAAACCAACGAACAUGCAUCAACAAUCGAUCAAGAAAUCUGUGAUGAUCUGUGCAACAAAUGUACUAAAGACGGAUCCGUUCUUGUGCGAGAAGAGCUUUUGAUAGCUUUGCAGUGGUACAUAAUUGACUUCGAGCAGCGCUUUGCAAAACUUCUUUGGGAUUUGGCAGAAACGUUAGGAAUCGAAUUAAUCGCCGAUGUUCCCGAAGAUCAGUUUGAACACAAUGUUAUUGAUGUAGCUGCUACUCUAAGUAAUGACGACACCAGUGGCCGCUCACCUCUACAAACCUCAAUCCUUAGGAAGUCAUCAGUAUAUAGGGGACGACAAAGAACGUCCGAGUCCAUCAUGGGCAUAGAAGAGGUUGUCACGAUGAACGACCCUGCUAAAAAAUCGCUUACUUCUUCUAUCAGUCAAGUGCUUUCCGUUGUAUCAACUUACGCAGGUCCUUCCGAGAGCGACGUUUCAUUCAGGUUGCGCGCUAACAAGCAGCUUGCUUAUUUGGAAAGUAAGAAUUUUAAAGAGCCCUUGGAGAGAACAUGGGUCGCAUUAUUGAAACUGGCUCUAGAUCCUGUGGAGAAGGUAGCACGCAUGGCCCAGAAGCUUGUACGCAGAGUUGAAAUGACAGCUGUUGAUCUGCAGAAUAGUGCUUCCGCAAUGACUGAAAAAAUUGAGAGUGUUUCCAGUUUUGCUAAUAUGGCUAAAGUUGAUUCAUCAUCGCAUGUACAUAGAGAUUCAUUUUCUGGAGCGGAAGCAGACGCCUCCAAUAAUGAAGCUGGUGAUGCAAAUCGAGGUGGUGUAAGAUUUAUGAUUGGCAGUCCCAUAGCGACAGGAAUGGCUCUGCUUUUCCCCGAAGCAAAUCAUGCUCACAGUGCUGCUCAUUCCCCGGGCGAUAAUGAGUUUGCUCAGCCAUCAAAUGGAACGCUGAAUUCUUCUUCUUCAACAGCGAAACCUUUUACGUCCAAUCAAAGCCGUCAGCAAUCAACUCAUCAGAGGAAAUUGUCUAUGCCAUCACAGUUUCCUGCUGCAUCCAGAGGCUUGGAGCCACGAACGUCACAGCUCACGGAUCUCUUGAAGCAGUCAUUCACUCCGAAAAGGGGAACUACAGCUCGAGGUGAAUUCUCGAAGGGUGUGCUCACAAGCACCGCUGAACCUUUGCUAACAACUGAGUUCGUGCCGUGGUGUAGCCGUAUCUUUGUUCAGCCAAUAUUGGAUCUUAUCUAUUGUAAGGAGGAGGUUGAAGAUUUCACGGAUCGUGCACUUACUUUGGUAAAUCCUACUGACUGGGCUAUUUUCGUGGAGCAGGGACAGCGUCAGCAAGCAUAUCACGAAUUUGAACACUUUAGGACAACAAGCUGUGACGCCCAGCUAGUCUUUACCCGUAUACCCAGAUGUGCUGCCUCCAUCUCACUUUCAAUGCUUCGGAAGUGCAUUUAUUCGACAGAUGGAGAGCAAAUUUAUAUAACGCGAUUCGAAAAAUCUUACACCAGUCUUGCGCGGAAGUUUUCGUGCAAUGGAGAUAACCCCUUCAACACGGAUAAGACAUCUUCUCUGAUUGUCAUCAAUGAACUGUCUCGAGAAAUGCUCCUGUGUGGCUCAUCUGCUGGGAUUGUGAGGGUUUGGGACCCUUCCUUCAAUAUCCAUUCGCAUGAAAUAGAAGGACUUCCACAGCUUGUCACUGCCUCCAAUCCUUUAUGUGAUCAGUCCAGAUUGCCUAUCCCUGAACAAGGAGCACCAUCAACUCUUUACGACUGGAGCCAGGAAACUGGGAGGUUGAUCUGCGGAGGAAAUGUGCGUGUGAUUCGAGUCUGGGACGCCCAUUAUGAAAAGACUGCACAGGACAUCCCAGUCUUGGCGAAAAAAGGGGGAAUUUGCGCUCUUUCCGGUGAACUUGACCGCGAUGACCUCAUCGCUGCGGGCCACCGCGACGGUGUGGUGCAUGUGCAUGACAUUCGCGUACCCGGCAAGGAUUCACUAGUGAUGUCCUUCAGCGACUUAUCAUCUCGCGUUGUUGGCGUUGCAAUCCGAGUCGACGCAAAUGGAAACGCCAUCGUAGCAGCUGCAGACGAAGGUGGUGAUGUCUGCGUUUGGGAACCACGCAUGAUAAAAGGUCCAGUUGUGGAGGUUGCGGUAGAAUGCGACGCUGAUGGUCUGAGAGACUUCGCUGUUCACUCAAAUUCUGAGAUGCUAGCUUGUGUGCUCAAAUCAGAAGUGAAAGUGUACGACAUUCGCGGUGUGUCCAUGUCAACAAUUCGCCACAGCGAACCUGCUUCAACCAUAUCCGCUGUCGCUAUGCACAAGCUUAGGUGCAUGAUUGCUGUUGCAUCUACUGAUGGAAUUAUAAACCUCUACGGACAGCCAAAAACCACUCUCUGACUGCUCUGUUUUCUUUUGUAAAGUCUUUUGCAAUUUUUUGUGUCAAACUUUAUCUCUUCUCAGAAACUGUGAUGCCGAAAUAUUGACUUUGAUUAUCCUCACCAAGGAAAUACUUGGUUACUUUUGUCUUUUCUAUCCAGUGCAAAUCAUUAUGUAUGUUGUCUCACUUUCAUCCUGGGUUAUUGCCAGUGCGUGCUGCAUUGCUAUGUGAUAGAUUUGCUUAGCUGAUAGAUCCAUAUGUUUACUAGAAUUUCCUUUCUGUUGCGUGUUCAAUUACAAAGUCACAGAUUACGGUAAUUUGUUGUUGUUGUCUUGUGCCUGAUGAGUUGCACGUCUGACUUGAUGUUGCAACGGGCACAUCUUUAUUGUUUUUCCUAAAUUUUGUGCGUCUUUUCUAUUUAAAGAGCGUCAGAACAUGUCCCGAUUAUACAUAUGCACUGUAGCAAAGCCUGCUUUCUCUCCUUGACUGUUUUCUGAAAAGAGUUUCCUUGGUGUCGACAGUGAAGUGGUAGUGUUCAGAUGAGAUAAUAAGUCACGCAAAUAGUUUUCGAUUAAAGCGGCUGUACAUAGAUGGUUACGAUUCACUUCCAGAUAUCCUUUUUGAUUGAAUUAUUCUCUCGAUCGAUGUUUCUGAUAGAUCGUGUUUUGAAAUAAGCUUAGCCUGAGUAGCCGUAUAUAAGUUUAUUUGAUGCUCAAAAUAAAU